CAAAUAUCUUUCGAGGCUGCGAGUUAAAACACUGGUGGUCUUUAGAUUUGGAAAGUUUACUGAAUUUUCACUUCUCAUUACCAACUCAUUAUUGUAUUUACUGUUUCUCUUUUAUAUGUACGAGCACACCAUGUAUACAACCUAGCAGGAGUGACCUUCGAUGAAAGAAUUUGUUGUGAUCAAUGAACUGCAUGAUUUGUUUGGAAUGGAGCUGCGUACUUGGUUGAUUGCGUUGUGUUGAUUGACUAUUUCGGCCUUUGUUCAAGUCACCUAGUCACGAUUUUACAUCUCGUUCUUUUGGAAAAGCACAGGAAUAAUUCUCAAGUAUGGUAGGUGUCGAAAUAUCAUGCUCAAAAUUUAGACAGACAGGUGGCUUUGUGUUGUUAUUAAUUUUUUUUUAUAAAAGUGGUUUAAUUUUUCAAACUUAGCUUUGCUAAAAUUUCAGGCUGACAAUAAGUACAGCUUGUGGGUAUUAGUGGUUAUGAGGCCAACAAAUGCAGCAUUUCCGUAUAAUGAUAACUAAGUGGUGAAGUUAGAAGACGAUUUCGUGUGAAUUUCUUGGAAACAAUAUAUUUACUGCCUUCCCAGCACUAACUUGAGAAUGACUCGAGCUUCAGACUUUACUUUUGCCGGACCUGAUUAUUGGGUUCUGCAAAUGUAUUGCAUGUAAUUUUAACGUAUGAAUCAAUAACGAUUUUGUGUUGCUGACCCUUUCUACAUAAGGAAAAAACAGGCAUAACAAGGGCGGCUUAAACUGAGUGGUGACGAUGCAUUGACCUAGAUAUCACACCAGCCUACAUUGUAAAGUUUAAGAAAAGAUCCUUUAAAUAAAUUUUGUUCUCAAAAGGGUCUUCCUUGAGAGAUCUUAGGGAGAAUUGCUUCAAGAAAAAGUAAACAACACACUUUCUAUCAGAGCAGAAGGAAGGGAAAAAUGACCCUUAGCAACCGUUGCUAUUGAAACGCCUCGCUUUUGUGCAUAGAUCGUCAUAUUUCCAAUGAGUCUACACAUUGCACUGUUAGCCAGUUCAGUUUAACACAGAUGCAGCAGUAGGUUAUCUUUUUCACUUAAUGCAUAAUCAGGUUUCAUACAGGUCAUAAAAAACCUAGAAAGUCAUGGAAUUUAAGAAUUUCAUUUUCUAGGCCUGGAAAGUCGUGGAAUUUAAUUGUCGGUCCUUGAAAGUCAUGGAAAAUUUAAGUUUUGUUUGAUAGAUAAGUUACCGCAGAUGACAAGGUAACGACAAUGUAAGAUAGAGAGGAGUAAUAAUACAUGUAGACAGUGCAAACAGCACACAUUUUUGGUGGAUGCCAGAGUUUGUGUCUGUUGAACUGUUUAAGGUGGCUGAACACAGUUUUGGCAGUUUGUGAGUAUAUUUCAUUUGCCAAAUCAUGGCAAGAGAAGGGUUGCAGCUCACAAGCUGAAACUUGGCAAGUGAAAAAUAUACUGAUGAAAGAUUUUGACUGACAGGUAAAAUUUGACAUUUCCGUAGUUUCCGUGGCAAUAUGAACGAUUGAAUACAACCUUAAAAUUUCACUUUUGCUCAGUUUACAGAAAAUUCACUCAUUAGAUUUUCCUAUAAACUUGCACAUAGCUUACUAUCAUUACCAUUUGAAACUUAUUUGACCAAUUAAUUUUAACAUAGGGGUUUUUAGAUAAUCAGUAAUAUAUUAUUGUACUGUAAUUAUUAAUUGUGUCACAAGAAUCGUCUCUUCAACUUCCAUUUUAAAGUUCUCAUUAUCUAAGAUACGAUAAAAGUAAAAAUUCCUCCAAAUAUCACAAAAUUUUAAUGGGUAGAUUUUGAGAGAUCGCCUUCUGUUUACCAUUGCUUUUUCGCCGCCAUGUUUGUUUGUCUAAGUUAAAACACUCUCCGUCACGCGAGUUACUGCUGACCGCACGCAAAACUGUGUUCAGCCACCUUAAGGUCAAAAAAUACUCUAAAACAAGGAAAUUUCUUGAAUUUUUGAAACUGACAGCUAAACCUAAGGUCUUGGAAAGCUUGAAAAGGUCAUGGAAAAAGUCCUGGAAAGUCGUGGAAAUUGAAGAGCUCGAACCCUGAAAAUUGAAACCUUAAACCUGAAAAUGUUUUCUGCAAGAGAAAAAGUCACUUUCUCCUCCCUGGAACUUUGCUAAAGUUUGUAGUAAUGUUGUUUAAUGCAUAAUGCGGUUUGUUUUACCUUUAGUUUCAGCAAAAAAAGACUGCAGAACCUGAAAGCGACUCUGACUCGAGCUUCAGACUUUACUUUUGCCGGACCUGAUUAUUGGUUUCAGCAAAUGUAUUGCAUGUAAUUUUAACGUAUGAAUCAAUAACGAUUUUGUGUUGCUGACCCUUUCUACGUAAGGAAAAAACAGGCAUAACAAGGGCGGCUUAAACUGAAUGGUGACGAUGCAUUGACCUAGAUAUCACACCAGCCUACAUUGUAAAGUUUAAGAAAAGAUCCUUUAAAUAAAUUUUGUUCUCAAAAGGGUCUUCCUUGAGAGAUCUUAGGGAGAAUUGCUUCAAGAAAAAGUAAACAACACACUUUCUAUCAGAGCAGAAGGAAGGGAAAAAUGACCCUUAGCAACCGUUGCUAUUGAAACGCCUCGCUUUUGUGCAUAGAUCGUCAUAUUUCCAAUGAGUCUACACAUUGCACUGUUAGCCAGUUCAGUUUAACACAGAUGCAGCAGUAGGUUAUCUUUUUCACUUAAUGCAUAAUCAGGUUUCAUACAGGUCAUAAAAAACCUAGAAAGUCAUGGAAUUUAAGAAUUUCAUUUUCUAGGCCUGGAAAGUCAUGGAAUUUAAUUGUCGGUCCUUGAAAGUCAUGGAAAAUUUAAGUUUUGUUUGAUAGAUAAGUUACCGCAGAUGACAAGGUAACGACAAUGUAAGAUAGAGAGGAGUAAUAAUACAUGUAGACAGUGCAAACAGCACACAUUUUUGGUGGAUGCCAGAGUUUGUGUCUGUUGAACUGUUUAAGGUGGCUGAACACAGUUUUGGCAGUUUGUGAGUAUAUUUCAUUUGCCAAAUCAUGGCAAGAGAAGGGUUGCAGCUCACAAGCUGAAACUUGGCAAGUGAAAAAUAUACUGAUGAAAGAUUUUGACUGACAGGUAAAAUUUGACAUUUCCGUAGUUUCCGUGGCAAUAUGAACGAUUGAAUACAACCUUAAAAUUUCACUUUUGCUCAGUUUACAGAAAAUUCACUCAUUAGAUUUUCCUAUAAACUUGCACAUAGCUUACUAUCAUUACCAUUUGAAACUUAUUUGACCAAUUAAUUUUAACAUAGGGGUUUUUAGAUAAUCAGUAAUAUAUUAUUGUACUGUAAUUAUUAAUUGUGUCACAAGAAUCGUCUCUUCAACUUCCAUUUUAAAGUUCUCAUUAUCUAAGAUACGAUAAAAGUAAAAAUUCCUCCAAAUAUCACAAAAUUUUAAUGGGUAGAUUUUGAGAGAUCGCCUUCUGUUUACCAUUGCUUUUUCGCCGCCAUGUUUGUUUGUCUAAGUUAAAACACUCUCCGUCACGCGUGGAGUUACUGCUGACCGCACGCAAAACUGUGUUCAGCCACCUUAAGGUCAAAAAAUACUCUAAAACAAGGAAAUUUCUUGAAUUUUUGAAACUGACAGCUAAACCUAAGGUCUUGGAAAGCUUGAAAAGGUCAUGGAAAAAGUCCUGGAAAGUCGUGGAAAUUGAAGAGCUCGAACCCUGAAAAUUGAAACCUUAAACCUGAAAAUGUUUUCUGCAAGAGAAAAAGUCACUUUCUCCUCCCUGGAACUUUGCUAAAGUUUGUAGUAAUGUUGUUUAAUGCAUAAUGCGGUUUGUUUUACCUUUAGUUUCAGCAAAAAAAGACUGCAGAACCUGAAAGCGACUCUGACUGGGACAGUCUCCCAGGGGACAUCCAAGAACCUACAUCAAGUCCUGAAGCCACUCCUAGACACCAGCCAGCCCCUCCUCCAGGGUCCCCUAAAGUUCAGGUACCUCACAAGAGACCACAAGUUAAGACACAGGUAGCAGUAACAGCAGCAGAGAGAAAAUCUGCAACAAAUUCUCCAGUGAGUCCAGCUAGGGGUAAACCAGGGACUCCUUCUUCUCAAAUGCCCAGUCAAAUGUAUGGCAAACCAGGGAUUACUACCUUUGUUGAUAGAAGUAGUGGUAUUAAUACAACUUCAUUCAGCGAUCAGGGCUUGGAGAGCCGACAAAACAAAGAGCUUAAACCUGAUGUAAAUGAAAAUAAAAUUAAACAGAGCAGUCAACGAAGAGAAGAUGAUGGGAUCAAAAUUGAAAUGAAUGAAGUAGAUCAUCAUCAACGCAAUCCACCUUUCACUGAUUUUCAAGGUAAGCUUAAGCUUGUCAAUAAAUCACUGUGCUUGCAUGUAACCUUUUUAACGGCUGCAUGUACAUUUAGUAAGGAAGGUACAUGUUUAUAACUUUAUAGUGAAAGGUUGUACAUUUGUUUGACACCAUUUACUAAUUUGCAUAUCCAUGAUCAUGGUAUUGUAUGGCCUUAUCGCCAUGCAUCUGUAUUCCUUAGCAGUUAGAACCUCCAUUCAGUUUUACAGUGUAUAAUAAUGGAAAAUCGUAGGCUCGGCUCUUGUUCAGGGGAUGCUCAGAAUUUUUUCCUGACGUACAUGUACAGCUGUAAGACCAUUUCUCUAUUAUCCCCAGACCUGUCAGGGUGCAAAGAAAGUCAGCUCUUUCAGGCAAGCUGUAGCUAGCAUGUACUAGCCCAAAAGUCAUUUCAACUAACCCGAAAAAAAUUUUGAUGAGCAUUGGUUACAGUUCUUCUGUAAUUUGAAUUCCCCCAAAAAAACUUCAUUUGCCCAUCGGGCAAGUUAAGAAUAGAAAUCACUAGCCCGAUAUAUAGCAAAAUCCACUAGCCCCGGGCUAUCGGACACUACUUUCUUUGCACGCUGACCUGUACUUUUCUCUCCAUUUGUUUCAAAAUUGGAUUUCAAACAUAUCUUGAAAUAUGUUGACGACUUGAAAAUUGUUUAUCUUUGAUCUACUUGUAUUUGAUUCCUUGUGUUCAGGUUCUAACCUUUAAAAGUUCCAAGAGUGAACAGUAAUGAUCAAUUCCUAACAAUAUCAAUAAAUAAUCAAGAGGAAAGGUUUUGAGUACUGAUGAAUUCUGGGGAAUUUGCAUAAUAUCCAAUGUAAAAUGCACCAUACUCUUCUUUUUACUUUGCGUUUUUUUUCUCCUAACAGCUGCUCUUGCCAGCCAAGACUCAUUAAAUCUCAUCAAUAUGCAGACCGAAAAACCCAAAAAGGAAAAAGUUAAGUCAUCUUACGUAACCCAGAAAGAAGCACAUAAUGAAGGCCACUCUUGGGAUUCUGAAAGCGAUGGAGAACAGGAGGCCAUUACUCACAGCAGACAGCACUUAACACCUCGUGAGAAGAAUUCUAAAACACUAAAGAAGGAUCUUGAACCAAAUAAUCUGGCAAAUGAAGUAAUCCCUAACAGCCAUGACCUGCAAGAAGAUGGUUUAAAAACUUGCUGUGUACCUUUGAAUCCUGGAACACAUGUCACUGGGUAAGUAUUAUGUGUAGAAUGUUGUGCUUCGAAGUUUUCUUUGCUUUUAAGAAGGUAAAGAAAAAUAAAACAGGAACUUGUUUGUAAAAGUACAACAAGCUUAGACCAUUACACUUUAUGUCAAGUGGUUGCUUGCCUACCUACAUGUACCUACUCUGCCUCUUUACACUCCAUUAGGCAUAAGGCUUCCACACUUCUCCACCAACCUGCCUAUCCUUUGCAGAAGCUCUUGCUUGAUCCCAUGACCUCCAUCCCACCUAUGCUCUGUCCUUUUCUACCGUCCUGCACCAAGUUGUCCUAGGACACCCAACUUUUCACUUUCCAUCAGCUGUCCAAGACAGUUCUGUAACACAGUCAAGUGGUUGCUUACAGGAGGUUAAAAACAAUACGAAUUGUAAAAACUGUCACCCCAAACAUGGCAUUUACACAUGAAUACGUUAUUCUAUAGGUUUUCAUAUCAUUUUGAUCAUGGUCACAAUCACCAUUUGGAUGUGAGCCCAGAGUGGAAAGAAGCAUACAUGAAGAGAAUUGCAGACAGGUAAGACAAUAAACACUUAAUGACUGGUACAAAUGGCAAUAGUAAUGUUAAUUCUAUUUCUAGAGAAUCUCAGUAUAAUAUGGAAAGUACUUCAUUACUAGCCGCUGUUGGGGAAAUGAGCCUGCAGUUCUCCCCGGAGCAGACUAAGGAGGACAUUAGGGACCAGACAUUAUUUAUCACCUGUUGGGGGGGUCACUUGAUUUUUGGGAGAACAAAAGGGGGGAUCAGUCGUAACUGAGAACCCAAUAGAGGGGAUUGCUGAAAACUUUGGAAGGAUUCAGAGGGGAAAGGGGAUCGCGAAAGUCAUCAAAAGUUAUUAGAGGGGAUCACUUCAGUAAAGUAACAUUCAAAGGGGGGAUCGGCUAAAUUUCACCUUGUUUAGCCCCAAAUCAUUCCCUCCCUCCUUCCCCCCCCCUCAAUAAAUAAUGACCGGCCCCUUAUGGAGGACCAAGGGGGCGGCGGAGACAAGCCUAACAAAACCCCCAUAACGGGGGUUCAUUGGUCUGCUGACUGCGCGUUUUUACAUGUAAGCUGGGGUUGUAUAGUAACUUCCACCAUUAUGAAUAAAAAAUAGGCGAGUAAGCCUUUUGAAGCAAGAAACAAUUAGUAUUAUUUUUAGACAGUCUUUUUAACUGUGGCAUUUCCAUAAUGCACCCCUCUGCCCCCCCCCCCCCCCCUCCCCCCCCCCAAAAAAUAUAGCUUUUUUCGACAUACGUGUAGAAAGCAAACGUUGAGAUUUUAUAAAAGAAAAUAAACUAUUCUAUAGAGGAAUCAGUCAUUACACUGUAAAGAAGUUAGUGAUUUGUGAUAUAGCCGAGAAAGAAUGUUUUUGUUUAAUUUCUCAGGAAAGUAAAACUUCUUGAGCAGUCAAUACUUACUUUCAGAUAACAGUUUAUUCAAAUAGCCUUUUUUGGUGUCCGGUGUAUCUUUGUUUUUUAUUGUAUAAUCGAGAUUGUUAUUACAGUUAGACCGGAACAUUUUUAUUAGUGCAAUGUUGUAAAUAUUUUUUACACAGUCUGUUAUUCUUAUUCAUAGAUAGUUUGUAAGGGGAUUGACUCAUCAAGGGUAUUCAGUUCCUUUCUGUUGACAUCCUUUUCGCUAUAUAUUUUUUUAUCUUUGUUUAAUGUUAAUUGUUUUGCAGAUCUGAAAAAUGGCUUCAGUAUUUCUGGCAGGAAUUUUUCAGCGCACUUCGGAUCAUCACUGACUUCGCUUUUAUCUUCGUUCUAGAGCUUUUACGGUUCGUUUUGCACUACAUUGCUCUUCGUGUGCUUGGAGGAAUUUUAAUCACGUUCGGAGAUCACUUCCUAAAACCUUACUUAGCAGUUCUUUUUAACAGCAUUAUUCAGCCGAUAUUUAUAUUUACGCGGAACGUUUUGGCAGGGACGAAAAAUCUUUUACAACCACUUAUGGAUAUCACGAACAGCUUUAUCGCUCAGCUCGCUGCAUUACUUCGAGCGUUUAGAUUGUUUGAACUAAACUGGAAGCCAGUAUACGAACGAGGACAAAAACAUGAUGUUCAUGUUUUAUAGUUAAAAGAUCUUAAAAGUUUGACGACGAGAGGUCUAGUGCCCAGUCUCGUCUCGGAAACGACCCGCGUCUAAUUCACUAAAAACGCUUACCAUUUGCACAGAAAACUCGAUAAUUCCGCUGAAAAUUCAAACGGAACGGUUCAUCCCGGUGGAAAUUUUUCGGAUAAAAGGUAAUACCUUCCGAGGUAUUAAAGGUAUUACCUUUUUCCCGCCUUUUCAGAAACGACUGAAAUUUUCUGCACCAUUUGUACCGAUUUUCAGUGCCAUGCUUCCUCUCGAGAGAAAUUGAAGAAUUUUCCGCUAUUUUUUAAAUGGUUUAAGUCAAUCCCAUUCCUGUUUUCUGUGUGAAAAACAAUACCAGUACCAUUUGUGGGAAAUUUUUCUUGGAAAUUUCCGUACAAGUGGUAUCGCUGUCGAUGCAACCACUAGGCCGCUUCCUGAUAGGCCGUUUGCACGAUGACGUGUUUUAUUUACUAAGACCAAAAUUCAUUUCGUUCUUUCUUUCAUAUUUAAAUUUGGAAAUCCCAGCGAGGUUUUUUUAAAACAAAAGCCCAAAUUUGCAAAGAAAAUAAAACCCUGAAGGAUUCUGGUGGUAGUAGUAAAAUGACUCCAUAGUACAAAUGGCCUAUUAGGCUUCCUAUUGGGUAGCCUGUGUGUGCGUGUGGAUUAAAAAUCGAGAAUUUCGGCCGUUUUCCCUUUGUUGGUAAUGUGCCUCGUUCUCAGUUAAGCUGCUUGCGUUAUUUUCAUUUGACGUUAAAAUGGUGACGUCAAACUCGUUCCCGUUGCCGCUAUUACUACUAGUAUUAUUAGUAACCUACUAAAAAGUAGUCGCUGAUCUAAGCAAAGUAAAUACAGGCUGAUGAAAAACCCACGAAGGACCAUCCGUCUAGGCGAAUAAUGGGUUGGCUGUUUUAUCAGUCUAAGCACGUCUUGUGGGAGUUCCUCUUUAGCCUACGUAGCGAGCUUUUCCACGCGAGUCCGUCGAGAAAGUUAAUGCGUGUGCAUUUUAUUUUCUGCUUCCUCCAACUAUCGCCCAGUACGUCGAUCGGAAACGCUUGCUACGCAGGCUAGCUCCUUCUCGCCGGCUCGCGCUAUCGGCUCCGCCGCCGAAUUUUUCCCCGAACGCGCUCAGGUGACCCCUGCUCGCAGGCUACAGUCUUUUAGGGGGAAGAUUUUAUUUCGUUUUAAUUAUAGAGAAAGCUUAUACAAAUGUAUAUUCUUUUUAUUUACUUGUCAAGGUAGAGCCUUUACAUUUCGGUUUAAAUAGUGUGCCUGUCAGUGCUACAACGAGAAAGUAAAUAAUAUUUUAAGGAAAAAAAUUUAUUCGCAUUUUUUGCCUUGCAUGUUUUGUUCCAAAAAUCACGAACAAUUGACCAGCCUUUCCUCGACCAACCUCUCCAAGGUUGGUCCAACCUCUCCUCGAAUUUGUUAACGAGAUGCAGCAUAAAUGAUGAGCGUGUAAGACAAAAGAGAUCCAUCAAUCCCUGACAAUUUUUGAUGUUUAUCUUUUCAGAUCAUAACUGAAAAAAGAUGCAAGUGUUUUAGCCAUUGUGAUGAUUACAAUCGUUCGAGUUUAAAAGUUUUUCCUCAAGAUCAAUGGCGAAACCUUUCACUUGAUUGGGCUGUAAGCUUUUCCUUCCUUCAUAGCACACAAAUUGAACUCUAUUAAUGAACCCCAUUAACGUUAUGUCAUUGCUGUGUUGAUUUAUAAGCAUUUUACCAUUUAUUCUUGUAGAGCAAUCUCUUCCUGAUUUACGUAAAAGCUUUUCUACUAUUUAUAAUUUGUUCUUUUUGUUGUUGUUAAGCAAAGAGUACAAUACUAAUAUGUCUUAAGUU